CUCCCCCUGCGACCCCGACAGUUAAACUUGCUCCCCCUUCGACAAUUUACUCUUUUUUGCUCACCACGCGCGAGUGGAGCAACGCUCUACCUGACAGCUGUCACCUGUUGACCGGGAUAUAAAACUACUGACUCGUCGAUAAACAUUCGCAAAAGAUACCCCCGUAAGAUUAUUGAAGCACGAAGCAUAACAUUUAUCCGAAGCGAUUUUAUUUGCCUUUUCGGCAGGUGUAGGUCUUCUGUAAGCGGACGUAUAACGGGGUGUUACAUUUUCAGGUGAAAUAUGAACAAGUGGAUAUUGCUAUUAUCUGUGUGUCUGCACGUUGGCUCAGCAACAUUCGACCUACCAUCAUUUUCAUAUGAAGAGCACUCAUUCCUAGACCCUGAGGAUGUUCUGAGUGUCAGCAUCCCUCUGGAACGCCCACAGCGCCCUCUACUGGGCAGCACCUUGGUGCUUCCCUGCUACUUCCAGGACCACACGGUCAAUGACCCGGGAGCCCCCACCAUACCCCCCCUCUCCCACCGCAUAAAAUGGAGUCACGUCACCAAGGACAAGGUGUCAGUCAUCCUGGUCGCCAUGGAAGGACAGAUACAGGUAGAGGACAAAUACCUGGACAGGGUUCACAUGGUGGGAUACCCAAUGACCCCCACAGACGCAAGCAUUAAGAUCACAGAGCUGCACUCCAAUGAUUCGGGCAACUACCGCUGUGAGGUCCAGCAUGGGAUCGAGGACAGCCAUGACACAGUCCAGGUUCAGGUCCAAGGCAUUGUGUUCCACUAUCGUGCCAUCACUACCCGCUACACUCUGACCUUUGAGAAGGCGAAGGCUGUAUGUAUUCAGAACAGCGCUGUCAUCGCCUCCCCUGAACAGCUGCAGGCUGCCUACGAUGAUGGCUUUCACCAGUGUGACGCAGGCUGGCUCUCCGACCAGACUGUCAGGUACCCGAUCCAAGACCCUCGACGGAACUGCUACGGUGAUAAAGAGGAGUUACCGGGGGUGAGGACCUACGGAGUGAGAGAUGUCAACGAGACCUAUGACGUGUACUGUUUCGCUGAGAAGAUGACAGGCAGGGUGUUCUACUCUGGGUCUGUGGCUAAAUUCACCUACGCUGAGGCUGAGGAACAGUGUUCAAAUCUGGAUGCCCAGUUGGCCACGACCGGCCAGCUCUACCUGGCAUGGCAGGCUGGUUUGGAUGUCUGUAACGCAGGCUGGCUGGGGGACAGAAGCGUCCGCUACCCUAUCAACAUCGCCCGGCCGCAGUGCGGAGGCGGACUGCUGGGCGUGAGGACCGUGUACCUGCAUGCCAACCAGACAGGAUACCCCAAGCCAGAGUCCCGAUAUGAUGCUUUCUGCUUCACAGAAUCCCCAGACGUGGACGGCUCAGGAAGUGGCAUGCUGACUGUCACCACGGUAACCGAGAGCCCCGAGGUGUUCUUCAAGAAGACCACCACGGAAAGCGAGGCACUGGGAGAACUGGUCACUCAAAGGCCCACUAGUCCCGACUUCGCUUACACCACUGAGCUGCCCCUGCCGGAGCCCCCCAGCGUCACAGAGGUCAUCUCUGAGGAGGUGGAGAAAGCCACUGCCAGGCCAGACGUAGGGGCAGAGAUCUGCAGAGAGAAUGGUCCAUGCUACGGGCUGCCCCCUACAGGUGUGGUGUUCCUCUACCGCGCUGCCUCCAGACGCUACUCCUUCACCUUUGUGGAGGCCCAGCGGGCUUGUCAGAGUGUUGGAGCCUCCAUGGCAACCCCAGAGCAGCUGCAGGCAGCCUACCAGGCAGGGUACCACCAGUGUGAUGCUGGCUGGCUGCUGGAUCAGACUGUCAGGUAUCCCAUCGUGUCUCCUAGGGAGAAGUGUGAUGGAAACCUGGAGCACCUGCCGGGCGUGAGGUCUUAUGGCCUGAGGCCCGCAGAUGAGAGAUACGAUGCGUACUGCUACAUCGAUAAGCUCAAGGGCGAGGUGUUCCAUGCAGGGUCUGGUGAUGGUUUUACCUAUGACGAGGCCCUGGCCCACUGCCAGGAGCACAACGCCUCUCUGGCCUCCACUGGAGAGCUCUACGCUGCCUGGAGACUGGGCUUCGACAAGUGCCGUGCUGGCUGGCUCCUGGACCAUAGCGUCCGUUACUCCAUCAAUAAGCCCCGGGCCCAGUGUGGCGCAGGGAGGGCUGGGGUACACACGGUCUAUGCCCAUCCCAACCAGACUUCCUACCCAGCCCUGGAUGCCAGAUAUGAUGCCUACUGCUUCAGAGUGGACAUCUUACUUCUGGCCAAUGAAACUGGAAUGAACAUCACAGAAAUAAAAGAAGCUCUGAUUAACCGUACUUCAACAACUGAUUUACUGAGACCAGUCCUCCCCUCCAUCGCUCCUCCCAUCUCUGUAGAGCAGUUUGGUUCUGGUUCUGGGGCAUCUGGUGCCAGUGGAUCUUCAGGCGAUCAUUCUGGAGAUUUAUCAGGGGUCUCUUCUUGUGUUCUGACCGGGUCUGGAGACAUGUCUGGUUCUGGUGACUCCUCUGGCAGUGGGAGUGCUGACAUUCCCAGUGGAGCAUCUGGCCUGGCCAGCGGAGAGCUGUCUGGUUCCGGGCUCAGCGGAGAGCUGUCUGGUUCCGGGCUCAGCGGAGAGCUGUCUGGUUCCGGACUCAGCGGAGACGGUUCUGUGAUAGACGUGGUUCUCUCAGGAGGCGGUGCUGUCCUGUCUGGGGAGGGCUCUGGAUCUGCUGGCCCUCAGGAGGUGGGGGAAGGAAGCACUGGGAUCCUGACCUUUCCCUCUGGGAUGGGCUCAGGGAUGAUCAGUGGCAGUGGUUACCUGUGGGGAUCCGGCAGUGGCACUGGCCUCAUCUCAGGCAGCUCAGGGGAGUUUUCCGGAAUGUCUUCUGGAUCCGGCUCCAGUGCCAGUGCAGAGUUUUCUGGAUUCAGUGGUUUUCCAUCUGGGGUCUAUCCCUCAGGAACCAGUGGCUUGUCCGGGGAGGAAUCAGGCAGUGGAGACACUGUGAUCAUGCUGAUCGAUGGUCAACUGUUGGAGGUGUCCACCUCCCAAACUGGCAGGGAGAAGGAGCUAGGGAUGGGUGGCCUGGAGUUCAGCGGCUCUGGGGACAGCUCGGGGUCCGGCAGGAUGGCGAGCGCUGACCUCAGUGGCUCGGCCUCCGGAAGUGGCUCAGGGUUCUUCUCAGGUGUGACCUUCUUGGGGUCAGGGUUCACCGACCUCACAGGGUCAACCUCAGGAGAGCAGGAGGCCUCUGGGUUCAUACAGUACGGUUCUGGAGGAGGGAGUGGAGGGUCUGGAGCCUUAGGCCUCCCGUCUGGGGCCGCGUCAGGAAUCUCUGGAUCUGGCUCCUCUGCCAGCGGAGAGGAAGAAAUCGUCAUCUUCACAGCCGGUGAUGUCCUGACUGAGGUGUCCACCAGGACAUCGGUCUCCAUGGAGCUGGGGAAGGGCCCAGUGGAGAUCAGUGGGGAGGGAAGCACCAGCAGCAACUUUCAUUCAGGCAGCGGGGAGACCUACCCAACCCCAGCCAGCGGAGUCUACUCUGGGGCUCACUCUGGAGACAUCUCCCCGGUGAUCCUGUCCUCCACUCCCGAUGACAAGGCACUGACUGGGGGCACAGUAGGACCAGAGGAGGCCAUGGCUGGAGCUCAGCUGGUGGAGAACUAUGGGCAGUUCUAUGUGACCUUCAGCCCUGUCCUGGCUCCCGCAGGUCUAGCUGCUGCUGCCACUACAGCUUCUGCUGUCUCCUUGCCGACUCCUGCUGUGAUGGAGGAACCCGCGUCAGUCCUGGUUGAUCCAAACCCAUGUGACCCCAACCCGUGUGGGGCUGGGUCAUGCUCAGUACAGGAUGGGGUGGGUCUGUGCCACUGUCCUCCCGGGCUGGGAGGAGUGGGGUGCCAGUAUGAGGUUGAUGUGUGCCAUUCCAACCCUUGCGACAAUGGAGCAACCUGUGUGGAAAUUGUGGACUCUUACAAAUGCUUAUGCCUGCCCAGCUACGGAGGGGACCGCUGUGAGAUCGAUGAGCAGCAGUGUGAGGAGGGAUGGACUAAGUUUCAGGGGAACUGCUACCUACACUUCUCUGAGAGGGAGACCUGGCCAGAGGCAGAACAGCGAUGCAGAGACCUCAAUGCACACCUGGUCAGCAUCAUCACCCCUGAGGAACAGCACUUUGUCAACUCUAAUGCUCAGGACUACCAGUGGAUCGGCCUGAAUGACAAGACAAUGGAGAAUGAUUUCCGCUGGACAGAUGGAACCCCUCUGCAAUAUGAGAACUGGCGGCCGAACCAGCCUGACAACUACUUCAACUCUGGAGAGGACUGUGUUGUGAUGAUAUGGCAUGAGAACGGCCAGUGGAAUGAUGUCCCCUGCAACUACCACUUGCCCUUCACCUGCAAGGCUGGCCCAGUGUCAUGUGGGUCUCCGCCCGUGGUGGAGAAUGCCAGGAUGUUUGGCAACAGGAAAGAGCUGUACCCAGUCAACUCCAUCAUCCGCUACCAGUGUAACCCAGGCUUCAUGCAGCGUCACCUGCCUGUAGUGCGCUGCUUGGCAGACGGACAGUGGGAGAAACCCCAAGUGGAAUGUAUCAACUUAACAUUCAGCAACAGAAUACAGAGGAGAACCACCAGGAGUCGAUCAGAAUCAGCCAGUAGCCAGCUUCAUUAAGCAUGGACUGAGGGACAAAGAGUUCAUGUUUUUAGAUAGCAAUUUUAAAAGAACACGUACACUACACAAAAGCCAUGUUUAACGUACGAUGUGUCCUCCUGCAAAGACCAAAGCAAGCUAGGGAAGUCCAUGUUUGUGUUUUUUUGAAUGUGUGAUAAUUUUUAAAGAGAUAAAUCAAGUGUGUUUGUUCCAAAAUAUUAUGAAAUUGUAUAAUUAUAUUUGAUUAUUUUUAUUAUUGUUUGGUUUUUCUCAGUAAUAUAAUUACAAGUUUCGGUUGGAUUGUUAUGCUGUUGAUGUUGGUGAAUGUCAUUACCAUGUCCCCAACCAGACUGGAUAUAACUGUGGUGACUGCAUCAGCAGUAUCUGUCUCUCUCACGUCUAUUCCAGAACAUUCCAAGGAAAAGUCACACCAGUGGUCCAUAUUCCACUUGGUCUGGCUGGGUUGAGUUAGAUCCAUGUUCAGACAGUCUGAGUGUGACAGAAGCUGUCUUGGUAGUCACAAUGGCUAUAACUAUAGUCGCAUUGGCUGGUGGAUGUUCUCCAGCCAUGUCUGGUGCAGCAGAACCGAGACAGUGAAGCCUACAACAGAGUAGCACUUCCAACUGACAGGAAGUACAGGAAAGUACCUGAAGUCCUGUUCUGAGAAGAGUGUGGAUGUUCAAGGGAUCUUAAAGUCAAAGCUUGUUGGAUGUUUUCAGAUCUUGAAAAGUGGCUUUAGAAGAUAGAAAUGUCUGACUCAUUUAGGAUUUAGUGACUUAGUCUGCUCUUUAGUCCACUUCUGACAAGCUGCUUUUGGAUGUAUGAAAACACCUAGCAAAAUUUUAUUUUGGAGAAAACUGCCCUAAAGAAAAAAACAGUUUUAUUUAUUUAAUCAAAGAAAGUGAAAACCAACAUGCACCCUUCUAUAGUGUCUUCACCACAUACAUAAAAAUCAGUUUGGAAGAACAGAGCAAGCAAUGUGAAUACACGUCCAUUAAUUUAUUCAUUCACCUAGCAAAGGCAGUACAGUAAGCCUUGCACCCUGGGUAGGCUUCAUCCUGCAGUGUACUGAGCCUGCCAAUGUCACACAGGAGGAUCCUGCUCCAGAGAGUUCAGGCAUAGAUCAGAGAGCCUGGAUAUCAAAGCUGAAGUAGGAUUAUUAAAACAGGACUCGACUCAGUGUAUUUCAAUUUCAGUCAGGUGUGAAACUGUAUUUUAUUAAUUUUAUGAAGAGGCUGAAGUUGAAUUAGCACUGACCUCAAAAACGUUGCAGCGUGUCGUUUUUGUGUUCUGUAAUGUUGCCAGCAUCUUUUACCUGGCUGUGCAGUGCAUAGCAUGGACAGGUGUGCCUCAACAAGCUUUCCUUAAGUAACUAUAAUCUAUUUCAUUGUUGUCUCAUAUUAUCUCAGAGGAAAGGCCUAGGAUACCUUUGUAACCAUCGCAGUGCGAAUUGCUUCUAGUCCUCAAGUUUUCAUCGCUAAACCCGUGCACUUGUUUUGCCUCGUGUGUAUGUUGGAGGCUGUGCCUCCUACAGACUGUGUCACCUACUGUAUAGGAAUAUCAGAAUGAGAGAACUUCUAUUCAAGAAAUCACCACGAGACUAGAAACAGAUCUACUUCAAACUUCACUCCCCUCAGAACAACAAUAGAACAUGGAUCAUAGUACUGCAAGGCCUCUUGUUGGACUCUUGUACAACAGGAGAGAUACACUAAUACUCUGUUACCAAAGUAGUAUGUGGGGUACUCAUCAAAUCUAUAGUCAAGAUGCAAACGGUCAAACAGAAAUGGUCAGAUAUGGCACUGAAAUCUAAUCUCUGGUUUAAGGCACUCUUGCAAAAAGCCUCAUUUCACGGUAUGGUGUUCCCAUCAGUAGCUCUGUAGAAUGUAUCCAGAUGUGCAUAAAAUGAACAGUUUGUGCAUAAAUAUCUGUAUUCCCAAAACAAAGCAAGGAAUUCCAAAUAAAGAUACCAAUUGUUA